UGUUCUUCUGUUCUCGUCUGUCCAUCUCUCUCUCUCUAUCUCUCUUACACAACUCCUCCCCGGGCUCCCCCCAACCGCCAGCGGUCCCCCCAGCCCACCCCAACAAUGUCCGACAUUGAAAAGAAGGCCGGCCUCGAGGCCGAGGCCGAAACAGGCAUCACGCGCCCCGACGGCAGCUCGACCUCGAGCGAGCAGCUCAAGCCAGGCGGCAAGUGGGACACGUUCCAAAGGUACAAUGCCAAGCUCGAGGCUGCGCUCGGCAUCGAGGCGCGCGGCAUUGAACGCGUGCCAGAGAACGAGCGCCCCGACCACCGUCUAUGGGGCAACCUGACGCUGUGGCUGAGCGCGAACUGCGUGCUGCCGACGUUCGGCGUCGGCAUCCUCGGCCCGCUGCUCUUCGACCUCGGGCUGGGCGACAGCAUGCUCACGAUUGUGUUCUUCGUGCUGGCCUCGGCGACCCUCCCGGCCUUCUGCUCGACGUUCGGCCCGCGCCUCGGCCUGCGCCAGAUGACCUCGUCGCGCUUCUCCUGGGGCUGGUGGGGCGCCAAGGGCGUCGCGUGCCUCAACUGCGUCGCGUGCGUCGGCUGGUCGGUCGCCAACACUAUCGGCGGCGCGCAGACCCUCUCCGCUGUGGGCGACUACAAGUUCUCCGCGGCAGUCGGCACCGUCAUCAUCGCGCUGUGUACCCUCGUCGUCGGCCUGUUCGGUUACAAGCACGUCCACCGCUACGAACAGUACGCGUGGAUCCCCACCGCCAUCACGUACCUCGUCGUCCUCGGCGUCGCGGCCAAGCACCUCGUCAACACGCCCAUGGGCACUGGCCGCGCGGAAGCCGCCUCUGUCCUCUCGUUCGGCGGCGUCAUCUGGGGCUUUGAGAUCGGAUGGGUGUCCCUCGCGUCAGACUACAACGUCUACAUGCCCGCCGACGCCAGUUCGGCCCGCGUCUUCAUGUGGACGUACCUCGGCCUCGCGGUCCCCGGCGUGCUCGUCAUGUGGCUCGGUGCGGCGAUUGCGGCCGCCGCCUCGGCCGGCGCGCUGCCCGGCGCCUCGGCGACGCUCGCCAACUGGAACGCGGCGUACGCUACCAACGAGCUCGGCGGCCUCAUCCGCGAGGUCAUGGUCCCGCCCCUCCACGGCGGCGGCAAGUUCUUCAUGGUGCUGCUUGUGCUUUCGGUCAUCGCGAACAACAUCAUCAACGUCUACUCGAUGGGCAUGAGCAUCAGCGUCAUCUCCAAGUACCUCGCGUACGUGCCCCGUCUCGUCUGGCCCAUCGUCAUUACCGCCAUCUACAUCCCGCUCGCGAUCGUCGGCGCCGACCGCUUCGCCGCCACGCUGCAGGACUUCCUCUCGGUCCUCGGCUACUGGCUCGCAAUCUUCGUCGUUGUCGUCGUCGAGGAGCACUUCAUCUUCCGCAAGGGCAAGUUUGACAACUACAACGCCAAGGAGGCGUGGAACAACAGGACCCUGCUGCCCAUUGGUCUCGCCGCCCUCGCGUCCUUCUGCUUUGGUGCGGCUGGCGCCGCCGUCGGCAUGGCCCAGGUCUGGUGGAUCGGCCCCCUCGGCGCAAAGGUCGGUGGCGAGUUUGGUGGCGACAUCGGCUUCGAGCUCGCCUCGGGCUUCACUGCAGUAGUGUACCCCAUCUUCCGUUAUCUCGAGAUCAAGUACACCGGCAGGUAGUAGUAGUUUUGGGUUUGUAGAUUGGUUUAAUAGGCACAUGAAUGGGCUCGUGAUUCGACCAA